CAAGGUAAAAUGGAAGAGCUUGUCGACACAGAAGUACGUAACUCAUUGUCGUACCAGGCUUGGCCUUCAAAUUUUAGAACAUAAAAUUGGUGGAUUUAAAACAAUCAAGUGUGGGCUACAAACAACUAAGGUUUUCUAAGUGGGCCAAAAUGUAACUUGAGCCCAAUUAAAGGAAGAAGAAGGUCGUCAAUUUGGUUUGGUUUGGUAAAUGGGAAUUUAAAUCCCUAAUUCUGUAAAAAAUCAUCAACAGAGCUUUUCCGCCAAAAUCUUCAACAGAGCUAAUUUCUGGGCACGCUAUUUCGAUUUUAGAAGAAGAAAAGUGGAUUUCACCAAAAAAAGAAGAAAGGGGCAAGAGGUUCGAGUUCAGCGGUUCACAACUUCCUCUGCCGGCGGCGCUGUGAUUCCGCCGCUGCAAUGGUUUUGAACAGGUGGCGGCUUCUCCUACUUCUCAAGUCUUAACAGUUCCCUGCUCCUGAAUUCUUCGACUGUCGGCGAUGGUCGUAAUCAGAUAUGAUAAAAGGCAGGCCCGUGGCUCUCUUCCAAUGUUUCAGAACGGGCAGCAGAAAAUUAAUGGCGACUUCAGUUGCUCCCCUGGACCAUCCUCCUCCUUCAUUCGCUACUCUCCCAACUGACCGUAAGUCACUUAGCUUCGAAUUGGCCGACAAUCUCCUUAGUCGUGGCCUAUAUUCCUCUGCUCAGCAAGUCAUUCAGAGAAUCAUCAGUUCCUCCACUACUCUCGCUGACGCGAUUUCUGCAGCUGAUUUCGCUACUGGACGCGGCGUGGAGCUCAGUCUGCAUUGCUAUUAUGUGCUUAUUAGGAGAGUCAUGCGCUUCGGUAAUUUUCAAUUCGCUCGGGCAAUUUACUUUCACGGAAUAGUUGAUGGAGGGCUUGAGCCGGACUCGAAUAUUGUAAACUCCAUGAUAGUUUGUCUGGCGAAAUUGGGAGAUUUGGAGGGGGCACUGGUUCUCUUUGACCGGCUUUGGGACAAGGGUUGGAUGCCCUGUGAAGCCGCCAGUGAUACAGUUCUCAGAGGGUUAUAUGAGCAGAAGCGGUUUCUAGAGGCACUUGUGUACUUCACUAGGAUUACGAACUUGAAGGUGCAUGUGGGUUUCUGGUGUUUUAAUAUCUUGAUCGAUGGUUUGUGUAAACAGGGCCAUCUUGUUGAAGCAUUGAAGGUGUUCGAUGUAAUGCGAGACAGGACUGGCUUGCCGCCGACUGUCCAUUUGUUGAAGUCACUAUUUUUUGGGUUUUGCAAGAAGGGAAUUUGUGUGGAUGCAGAGAGGGUUUGUCGAGAAAUGGAAGAACAUGGUUUCUUUGUGGAUGCAGUAAUGUAUUCUUCCCUAAUAAACGCUUACUGCAAGCAUAAUGAUCUGAGAAUGGCAAUAAUGGUUUUUUUCCGGAUGCUGAAGAUGGGAUGUGAACCAGAUAAGUACACUUACACCACGUUGAUUCAAGGAUUUCUGAAGAUGGGGUAUCCCGAUAAAGGAUUGAUUAUGUACAACCAGAUGUUAGACUUAGGCAUGCAGCCUGAUGUAGUUACUGCCCAGAGUAUUAUUAGUGGUUACUGUCAGAACGGAAAGGUGGAUUCUGCUAUGGAGUUUUUGGAUAGCAUGGCCCGCUCUAGUUUGGUUCCAAGUGUCCACAAUUAUACUUCAUUGCUUUCAGCACUGUACAAGCAGAACAGGUUUUCCAAUGCUAAGGUAUUGUUCAGAAACAUGUUAGACCGAGGAGUUAUCCCUGACCAUGUCACUUUCCUAAUUCUCAUGAAAAAUCUCCCAAAGGGGCAGGAACUUGAACUUGCUUUCUUCAUCUUAAGGGAAAUUGCCAGAAAUGGAUGUAGGUUAGAUCCUUGCUUGCUCUCUGUUUCUCUUGAGAUAUGCUCGACUAUGGAUUUACAGUAUGAAAUUGAAAUUCUGCUGUUGGAAAUUGUGAGAUCAAAUUGCAAUCUGACAAAUGUGUCUUUUGGCAUCUACAUUAGUGCCUUGUGCGAGAGUGGAAAGUUUGAAGCUGCUUUGGCUUCUUUUGAAACGCUCAGGGGACUUGGCUGCCGUCCGUUGCCUUUCACCUUCAAUUCAUUGAUCAAGGGACUUUGCAAGCAUGGGUUACAUCAGGAGGUUAAGUAUUUGCUUGGCAUUAUGCAAACACACGAAAUUGUUCCAGACUUCGCAACUUUCUUGAUACUAGUGAGAGAGUUCUGCACACAAAAUGACUUGACAUCUGCUUUUGAUGUUUUAGAUGAGAUGAAGCAGUGUGGAAUCAAGCCUACUGUAGCUAUUUAUGAUUGUAUCAUUGGUUGUUUAACUAAAGGAGACAAAAUGUCUGAAGCUGAAACUUGGUUCAUGAAGAUGAUUGAGACUGGUUUGGAUCCUGAUGAAAUGAUUUGUGUCACUAUGAUCAAUGGUUACUUCAGGAAUAAACAAUCUCAGAAAGCCUUAUCCCUGUUUGAUGUUAUGGUGAAGAAUGGGAUUCAACCUACUAGAUUUUCUUAUAAUGCCUUGAUGAAGGGGCUAGUCAAGAACAAAAUGGCUUGUGAGGGAUGGAUAUAUCUUCAUAAAUUGGUGGUGUCAAAUGGCCCGUCCCCUGAUUUUCGGCUGUACACUUCUCUAGUCAACCGGUUUUUCAGGAAGAGAUGAAUUAUAUUUUCAUCUAACCUGGUUGUUCAUAGAAAUGGGUUCAUUGUUGUGCUUGAUACGAUGAUAUAGUGAGGAUAAAAUCCUAACAUAUCACGAAGCAAGCUUUCAGUUAGACAUACCUUAUGGCUACACAGGUCCCUGUUCCCUUGAUUGGUAAGCAUACUUCUUGCACAGUUAGUUUUGGUAAUAUAAUAUGGCUGCCUUACUGUGAAACCAACCAUUGAUAUAUGACAAUUUGCUGUGUCUAUGGAAUUGCAGCAUGUGCAUUGACAACUGUGAUGAGGGCUCAUGAUGGACGUGGACCACAGACAACUUACAAAAUUAGAUGCUGAAGGCUCUAGGCUUUUCUUCUCCUGAUGAAAUCAUAAGGUAUUACUUGCUAGUCAUUCUCUAGUAUGCUGUAAAAACUAAGUACCCGUGAACGUAGAGGUUUUCUGUCAUGAAAUAGGAGUUCACAGGGUUUCUUGUCUCACUUUAAUAAAACAGAAAAUAUAUAAAAGAGCAAAUUGGUAUCAGCACUUCGUCAAGUUUGAACUCCAGAAUUCAGGGUCACAAUCUGCUUCUGGAGGAGAAAGGUCAUUAUUCAGUGCAAUUGAACUAUACCAGCUUCGAUAUCCAUGUGGGCUGGUCUCGCUCAUUUUUGGUCACCAUGGAUCAGAAUGCAAAGUGACUAAUAUGUUGUGUCGAGCGCCCUAUAUGUGAAUGAAAUAGUAUGGCAGAGAGUCACUGGUGUUGCUAUAUUGCACUACUCCAAUUCUCACGGACCAGCUGCCAGUCCUCUGCCUGAGGCAGCAAACGAUAUCUACUCCCAGUGGUCUGCCAUGAACCUGGUAAAGACCAUCAGGUUUGUGCUCUAAACAUAACUCAUUUCAUAUGCUUUUUAUGUAUGAAACGUUUUCCGCUGACUCUUCUCUUUUCCUGUUAAUAUCGAGUAGGCAAAAUACAUCUGCAAGUGGGCUAGGCCAAAUCCACAGGGCUUGUUUAACUAUGUGCAGAUCAAUAUUGCUGACACAUACAAUUUAAGGAGCUUGCCACCAGUUUCAAUCAAUGGGAAGAAGCGCAUCACUCUAAACUGAAUAUCUUUUCGAAACCCGGAUACCCGAAUCAGGCUUGCUGAUCUAUACAAGGUGAAGGGAGCAUACAAGCUUGAUUCACAAGUGCUAACUGCUACUUACAAGGGUUUGAUAGAAACCCGCCCGCGGGUUAGAGAGGCCGGCCUAUUGGCCCGGGUUGUUGUUUUAUUUCAGUACCCAUAUAUAAGGGUUCAGAACAGUAUUUUGAGAUUAAGCAAUAAGAAAGAAUCAAAUCCCUAACUCUUCUUCUCUCAAUUCUUCCCCAAUUCUUCUCAAUCCCUAAUUUCCUUUCUUCUUCAAUUCCCAAUUCUCUUUCUCAACUACAAGUUUCUAUCAGGGUUGCAUCGAGAUCAUACUGUUGUAACACUGAGAACAUCACUCUUGCACCGUUUUCUUGCUCCCACACCCACAUGACGCACACCACUAUGUUGAGUGGGACAAACUGCAGUAUGGACUGGGCAAUAUGGUAAGAGAUCAAUAUGAAUGUAUAUAACAGCUGGGACGCCAUUUCUCGCUCCAUUAUUGAGGUUGGCUUGCUUGCUUUUAAACUCAUGAAGGAUUUUAAUUUGCAAUGAAAUGUCAAGUCUGUCUCUGUAUCAUGAUGUUUGAUCUAAUCAAUAUGUGCAGGUGCAUCCUGGAGCACGGACCGCUGUUCUUGCAUCCCUGGAUAAUGUGGGUGUAUGAAGCUUGAGAGUGGAGAAUCUGAACAAUGUGGGUGUUCUGAAAUAGGCGUUCAUGCAGUUUCUUGUUUAACUUUAUAGUUUGGUGACUCGAACAAAAUGCUGUCAUGGUUGUUCCUUUUGCAAGUGAAGUUUCUUGACCUCCAUUUCUUCAGUUUAUUUCUAAUGACUAGAGCAUUCUGUUAAUUGUAGAUUCUGGAGCUGCUAACCCCUUCAUGGUCUGUUGUGCUCAUUGGUUUUUGGAGAGUAAACAUUUUCCCAAAUGCUGAAGGAUUUGAGUAAAUGAACUAAUGCCCUAGCAUUUCUUCCCUCUGUGAUAUAUUUAGGUUGACUUAUACAGAUCCAUCUUGAGCACGCAUUGCAGCUCUUGUCCCGGAAGUGGUAUCUUGCGCAGAAGGUUCGGAUGAAGUUGCGCAGAAGAUCUUUGUCAAUGGGGUACAGGAAUUGGCAUUAAGUGCGAAGGCAGUUGUUUAACGGCUCAGUUUGUGCGGUGAAGGUAUUCAGUAUUCUGUAACUUAGUGAUCUAUACUAACUCGUAAUAUCGAAUGUGGUACAGUCUCAAUGACUUAUAUAUCGAUGCAAUGUUCAAAUGACAAAUGAUCCAAUAAUGACAAAAACAUAUCAUCUUUAUAUACAAUCAUUUCAGGCCUUUACAAGUUACAACAAGUAUCUUCACAAAUUUCCCCGAAAAUCAAACAGAACUACGAGU